CAGGGAGUCCGUUUUGCUCGUAAAUUCCGAGAGAGAGAGAAUUGCAAUAUCGAUGUGAUUAAACCGAGUAUCGUCAUAUCUGAUAUUCGUGUUGGAACAUUAGGGUAUGUAGCCGGUCAGUUAAUUUCAACAACCUAAAUUAAGGAGAUCUGACGCUGUCGAAUGUCGCUGUUCGUGCAGCCUGGAGCAAGAUAGGGAUUACUGUAGCAGCUAGCACAACUUAGUCGGUGUAGCAAGCUAUCUAGUUAGCAAGCAAAUGUUGGCAUAUCACUGGAAGCUUUGGUAUCGUUCAAGAGAAGCGAGGGAUCUGGUGUUUAAUUUACGCAAGAUCAUAACCAGGAUUGUAGAUCAUUAGAGUCGCCGGUGACUUCUUAAAGUCUCAAAUUAUUGGCCACUCUGUUAGCUCGCAGGCUAAUGUUAAGCAGUGGCUAGCUAGUCAACGUUAUCGUUCAUCGUUACGGCACGGGAUUGUUUUACUUAGCUCGAGCUAACUGGAAGAGCAAGCAACCAACUAAUAUCACCACGCUGAAAAAUUACGAUCAAGGGCUAUGUCUUCGUCGGCCACCACACCUCCGUCGGUGGACAAAGUGGAUGGAUUCUCGCGGAAGUCGGUGCGAAAGGCCAAGCAGAAGCGGGCCCAGAGCUCCUCCCAGUUCCGAUCUCAGGAUAAACCCAUUGAGCUGGCCCAGCUGCCACUGCUCAAAGAUGUGUCAGCUCAGGAACAGCCAGAGUUGUUUGUGAAGAAGCUUCAACAAUGCUGUACCCUCUUUGACUUCAUGGACACGCUCUCCGAUCUCAAAAUGAAGGAGUACAAGCGUUCCACGCUCAACGAGCUGGUGGAUUACGUUACCGUCAGCAGGGGCUACCUCACAGAACAGACUUACCCUGAGGUGGUCAAAAUGGUGUCCUACAAUAUUUUCCGGACCCUUCCACCGAGUGACAGUAAUGAGUUUGACCCGGAGGAGGAUGAACCCACGCUGGAGGCCUCAUGGCCACACCUACAGCUGGUUUAUGAGUUCUUCAUUCGGUUCCUGGAGAGCCAAGAGUUUCAGCCCAGCGUUGCCAAAAAGUACAUUGACCAGAAAUUUGUAUUACAGCUCCUGGAGCUGUUUGACAGCGAGGACCCCCGAGAACGGGACUGCCUGAAGACAGUCCUGCACAGAAUCUACGGAAAGUUUCUGGGCCUCAGGGCAUUCAUCCGCAAACAGAUAAAUAAUAUUUUUCUAUGUUUUAUCUAUGAAACAGAGCACUUCAAUGGAGUGGCAGAAUUGCUGGAGAUCCUGGGGAGCAUAAUCAAUGGUUUUGCUCUGCCUCUGAAAGCUGAGCACAAACAGUUCCUGGUCAAAGUCUUACUUCCUCUACACACAGCACGGAGUUUGUCCCUCUUCCACGCACAGCUGGCUUAUUGUAUUGUACAGUUCCUUGAGAAAGAUCCCACGUUAACAGAACCAGUAAUCAGAGGCUUGUUGAAGUAUUGGCCAAAAACCUGCAGUCAGAAAGAGGUGAUGUUCCUCGGAGAGCUUGAAGAGAUUCUGGACGUUAUUGAGCCCACACAGUUUGUCAAAAUCCAAGACCCCCUUUUUAAGCAGAUCUCCAGAUGUGUGUCCAGCCCUCAUUUUCAGGUGGCAGAGAGAGCCUUGUACUACUGGAACAAUGAGUACAUCAUGAGUCUGAUUGAAGAGAACUCCAGUGUCAUCCUGCCCAUCAUGUUUGCCAGUCUCUACAGGGUCUCCAAAGAGCACUGGAACCCGGCGAUAUCAGCUUUAAUCUACAACGUGCUCAAAGCGUUCAUGGAGAUGAACAGCGCUUUAUUUGACGAACUCGCCGCAACUUAUAAAGCUGACCGCCAGAGGGAAAAGAAGAAAGACAAGGAACGGGAGGAUUUGUGGAAGAAGUUGGAGGACCUUGAAUUAAGGCGAGGCAUCCAGAACAGCGACGGGGUCAUUCCAACCUAACGUAGACAGGGCACCGCCCCUUCACUUAACUCCAACCAGUCAACUUCCGCUCUGCCAGAGGGACUCCACCCCCUUCCCACCCCCACACAUAUCGUGCUGUGUACUUUACUGUCGACUUCCACGUUUGUUUGUCUCUUAUUUCAGCAGCACUGUAUAUACCCCCACUCCACUUCCUUUACAACGAUGCUUUAUUGACACAACAGAAGACAAAGGAAGGAAAAAAAGAAAGAAAAGAAAAAGGAAGUGUGUGUCUGUGUUCAUCUGAAGAGACUCAGAAUGUGCUCCUUAAA